AUGGCGCGAAGCCAAGCGACCAACGCUGACGGCGGGCAGUUACAUGAUUUUGUUCACUUGGAUACGUGGCCAGGAGGUCUACCACUUCCUGCACUGAUUGCGGGGCAACAUAGGCGAUCCGCACUAUCGACACUUUUGGCUGAGCAGGAGAAAGCUGCGACCGAAGGUGGACUCACGCCUGAUGGCAGCCCUCUUCUCCAUCCUUCUCCUCAGGUAAGCAUAACGAAACUAAACUUGAGGCCCCGAGUUCUUGCGAUUACCACGGCACCCUUUUGGAGAGAUUUGUGGCGCAGCUACGUUAUGACACCUUAUGGGGAGAAAUACUUUAAUUUCACAACUGCGGAGGAUAUCGCCAGCACGAAGCUGGAAAAAUUGUGGGCGCGAGAAAUCGAUUUCGUUCUGACAUUCGGCGAUCGGAUUUUCGAGGGUAAAAAGGUGACAUCUGCGGACUGGGAAACUGUUCUGGCAGCGAUGGAAAAGGGUCCAAGAGCGGAUUUCUUGAGGAGACUAUUCUUUCCGACCAAGGCAGACCACGAGGAUGGCAGUCUGACUGGCCUAUUAUCAUUAAACCAGAAAUGGUUCAACCAGUGGACACUGCCCCGCCUCGCAGGCGACACGUUCACUACAGGUUCAACUCAAGUGAACACCAGACGUCCCGGGUUCUUGACUAAACUUUCCGAUGUCGAGUAUCAUAAAGUUUUCAUCAACAUGCAACAAAACCCCGGCCUAACCUGCCCCAGAUGGAGUGACUUUGUUCGAACGAACCGACUAAUAGCGCAGCCUAUGAAGAAAGUACUUCAACAUGUGAUCUAUUGGACGGAUCAGAGUUUCUCGUACCCCAGAUCUUCAUCCAACGCCCUGAAAAAUUGGGAUUGGGUAGAGGAACUAGGAAAGUCUGCCUUUAGAGCAGAGAUUAACCCACGGCCAUGGAGGCAUGUUGACGAGGGAUCGACUAAUAUCCAACCAAAGUUUACUAUCACUUCUCUCCCAGACCAUAUCGGUAAAUUCAUGGAGCAACUUUGGACGUACAUCGAGACUGAACCUCUGUGGAGGGACGUUACCGUGGUGAAACAGCAGUUAAAACUACCAACCGAUAAAAAGCAGGCCAUCCGCAACCAGCUGAGUGAUGAGACUGAGCUAUUUUCCGCCAUGUUCUGUUACCGAGAAUUGAAAAAGGUUAUGAUCAGCACUUUGACGCACGGGUAUGGUGGGGGCUCAAAGAGGAGGUCGGAGCAGUUGUCCUUCCUCCUGGACAAGAAAGAGUGGGAGGUUGCCCGGGCAGAGCUGAUCGAGUACUCCAUGACCUUGAACCGGCGCGGCAUCAUGGUCAACGCGGACCAACUGAACGAGAGCUUAGAACGCCUAGCUCUUCCCACGCAUGCAAACCCGGUCGCUGAGGACGGAGAACCCAUCAUGGGAUUCCUGGAAAUGGAUCCCGAGAGUUAUGGCCUCGAGCAACAGGGAAAUACGGAGCGCCUGCAGGAGCUCCUAGCCCGUACAUUAGACAAGGAGAUCGAUAGCCUGUAG